AUGCCGGCUCCCAAUACGGCUCCCCGCACCCUGUACGACAAGGUCUUUGACGACCACGUCGUGUACUCGGGCGAAGGCGACACCCUCAUCUACAUUGACCGCCACCUCGUCCACGAGGUCACCUCUCCCCAGGCGUUCGAGGGCCUUGAGAAUGCUGGCCGCAAGGUCCGCAGGACAGACUGCACCCUCGCGACUGUCGACCACAACAUCCCUACCGUCUCCCGGAAAGCGUUCAAGUCGGUCGGCACCUUCAUCGAGGAGGCCGACUCGCGUGCCCAGGUCGAGGCGCUCGAGGAGAACGUCAAGAAGUUUGGCGUGACUUACUUUGGCAUGACCGACAGGCGCCAGGGCAUUGUUCACAUUAUUGGCCCCGAGCAGGGCUUUACUCUUCCUGGUACAACGGUUGUCUGCGGUGACUCGCACACUUCCACUCACGGUGCCUUUGGCGCCCUUGCCUUCGGUAUUGGUACCUCCGAGGUCGAGCACGUCCUCGCCACUCAGACCCUCCCCCAAGCAAAGUCCAAGAACAUGCGCAUCAACGUCGAGGGCACCCUCGCCGAGGGCGUCGCGUCCAAGGACAUUGUCCUCCACAUCAUCGGUCUCAUCGGUACCGCCGGCGGCACCGGGUGCGUCAUCGAGUUCUCGGGCUCCGCCAUCCGUGCCCUCUCCAUGGAAGCCCGCAUGUCGAUCUGCAACAUGUCGAUUGAAGGUGGUGCCCGUGCCGGUAUGAUCGCCCCCGACGACAUCACCUUUGAGUACCUCAAGGGCCGUCCCCUCGCUCCCCCUGAGGGUCCCGAGUGGGACCGCGCCGAGGCGUACUGGCGUACCCUCGCCUCGGACCCCGGAGCCAAGUACGACGUCGAGGUCGAGAUUAAGGCUGAGGACAUCAUUCCUACACUCACCUGGGGCACUUCGCCCGAGGACACCGUUCCCAUCACCGGCAAGGUUCCCAGCCCUGCCGACUUCCCCGAGAACAAGCGCGCCGACGUCGAGAAGGCGCUCAAGUACAUGGGCCUCACCGCUGGUACCCCCAUGGAGGAGAUCAAGGUUGACAAGGUCUUCUUUGGCUCGUGCACGAACGGCCGUAUUGAGGACAUGCGCUCGGCUGCCCGUGCCAUUCAGGCCGCGGCCAAGAACGGUGGCCCCACCCACAUCGCCGAGGGUGUCUACGCCAUGGUCGUCCCCGGCUCUGGUCUUGUCCGCAAGCAGGCCGAGGCUGAGGGCCUCGACGUCAUCUUCAAGAAGGCUGGGUUUGACUGGCGUGAAGCUGGCUGUUCCAUGUGCCUUGGCAUGAACCCCGACCAGCUCAGCCCCGGUGAGCGCUGCGCCUCGACCUCGAACCGCAACUUUGAGGGUCGCCAGGGUGCCGGUGGCCGCACCCACCUCAUGUCGCCUGCCAUGGCUGCUGCUGCCGCCCUCACCGGGCGCCUGACCGACGUCCGUAAGCUCAUGGGCUCGCACAUUUCGGAAGAGGGCGACUUUAAGAUCACCAACUACCAGGACUACCUCGAGCGCUUCGUGCCCGCUCAGCACACUCCCCAGGAGGCCGAGGCCCCUGUUGCUGCUGAGGCUGACAAGCCCAAGGCUGCCGCUGCCGGUCUGCCCAAGUUCACUGUCCUCAAGGGCAUUGCCGCGGGCAUGUCCGAGGCCAACAUUGACACGGACAAGAUCAUCCCCAAGCAGUUCCUCAAGACGCUCAAGCGCACCGGUCUCCGCGAUGCCCUCUUCUGGCCUGCGCGCUUCGACAUCCGCACCAACGAGAAGCUCCCGAACUUUGUUCUCAACAAGGAGCCCUGGACCAAUGCCAAGAUUCUCGUCGUCACCGGUGACAACUUUGGCUGCGGUUCGUCUCGUGAGCACGCCCCCUGGGCGCUCAACGACUUUGGCAUCCGCUGCGUGAUGGCUCCAUCGUUCGGUGACAUUUUCCGCAACAACUGCUUCAAGAACGGCAUGCUCCCCCUCAUCCUCCCCAAGGCCGACCUCGAGCUGCUUUACCAGGACGCCACUGCUGGCGAGGAGCUCGCCGUCGACCUCGAGAACCAGCAGGUCAUCCGCCCCAACGGCCAGGCGCCCAUCAAGUUUGAGAUCGACGCGUUCCGCCGCCACUGCCUCCUCAACGGUCUUGACGACAUUGGCCUCACCCUUGCCCACGAGUCUGAUAUUGCCAAGUUUGAGGAGCGCCGCUCGGCCGAGUGGCCAUGGCUCGACGGCGCCGGCUACGCCAAGAAGGGCAAGGUCGUGCCCCUCCGCCAGGGUGCCAAGAAGACGGACUGGUGA